CCCAGCCGCUGACGCGAGGACGAAGCUGCUGCACUGGCAACGCGCGUUGCUACAGCUGGCUGCGCCUGCUUCCGGCGGCCAUGGAUUCCUCCCUCUUGCAGGCUUUAAUUAAUUACUAUUGCCAGGAAGGCUAUUUUCAUCAUGUUCAAACAGUUGCCAAUGAAGGCCUUAAGACGUUCGGCGGUGACCCAGUGUUCCUUUUCUAUCGUAGUUACGGCAUGCUGAUGGAAGGGCACAUUCAAGAAGCUCUUCUUGACCUUGAAUCGAUUAAAAACAGACAAGAAGUUUCUCUCUGCACACUAAUGGCACUAAUCUAUGCCCACAAAAAGAGCCCAAAUCCAGAUCGUGAUGUCAUCUUGGAGCUAGAUGGCAAACUGAAGGAGCAUCGUAAGACAGCCGGGCAGGAGGCCUUGUAUUAUGCGGGGUUAUUCUUGUGGCAUAUUGGCCGCCACGAGAGAGCCCGCGAAUACGUGGACCGGAUGAUCAAGCUCUCUAACGGCAGUAAAGAGGGAUUGAUUUUGAAAGGUUGGCUUGAUGUCACCUCUGGAAAAGAAGCAAGUAUUAAAAAAGCGGCAAAAUAUUUUGAUGAAGGGCUGCAAAGUGGGAAUGAUAUAUUUGGCCUGAUGGGUAAAGCACAAUAUUCUGAAGUGCGCCAGAAUUACUCAGGAGCCUUGGAGACUGUGAAUCAAGUAAUAGCCCAUUUCCCACACUUCCUUCCUGCUUUUAUAAAGAAGAUGAAGCUGCAGCUGGCGUUGCAAGACUGGGAACAGGCCACUGAGACGGCACACAGGUUGCUGCAGAAAGAUGCUCUUACCUUGGAAGCUAUAAAAAUGGAGGCUGUUCGCCAUUUGUGUAGGGAAGGCAACAUACCCGAGGCUUCAUCAAAGCUGGCAGAACUGAUUAGUGCAUUGGAUAAGUUGGAACCUCAUAAUCCUCAGCUCUUCUGCAAAACAGCACUGGUUUUUAGCAGAACAUGUGGUCGCAAUCCGCUCAUCCUUCAACAAACACAGAUUUUGGUGGAAAGGGCAUCCAGCUUGGCCUCUCAUGAUGCCAAUAUUGCCACUGAACUUGGCUACCAGAUGAUUUUGCAAGGGAAAAUAAAGGAGGCGGUAAAAUGGUACAAGACUGGCAUGACUCUUGACGAGACAAGUGUUCCUGCGCUAACUGGAAUUAUCCGGAGCCAGCUAAUGGAAGGGAAGCUGGACGAUGUCGAGCAGCAGCUGGAGUUCCUGAAUGAAAUCCAACAGUCUAUCGGGAAAUCAGCGGAGCUCUCCUACUUGCGUGCAGUGUUGGCUAUGAAGAAACAUAAAGGACAAGAAGAAGUUAUAACUUUAUUGAAUGAUGUACUUGAUACGCAUUUUUCUUCUUUGCAAGGCUUACCUCUUGGUGUAGAAUAUUUUGAGAAAUUAAAUCCUGAUUUUUUGAUCGAGAUUAUUAAAGAGUAUCUCAAUUUUUGCCCAGCACAGCCUGCAGGUCCAGGACAGCCUCCUUCACCUCUUCUAAAACCUUGUGCGUCUGUUCUUGAAACAGUGGUAAAAACUGUCCCUGGCCUCCUGCAAGCAGCCUUCUUAGCUGCAAAGGUGAAAUACUUGUCAGGUAAUUGUGAAGCAUCCCAAAGUAUCCUGCAGCACUGUAUAGAUAAGAAUCCUUCAUAUGCAGAUGCUCAUCUUCUUAUGGCCCAAGUGUAUUUAUUGCAAAACAACUUCAGGCUCUGUUCUCAGUCCCUGGAACUCUGCCUAAGUUACAACUUUGAGGUUCGGGAACAUCCCUUGUACCAUUUAAUAAAAGCUCAGGCCCAGGUAAAGAUGGGCGAAAUAGAGGAAGCCAUCAAAACCUUGCAUAUGGCCAUGAACUUACCAGGGAUGAGAAGGACUGCAUCUUCCGCAAGAUCAAAAACAAAGCGGAUUGAAAUUGAUGGAAGUGACCGUGUGUCUGUCUAUCUCGAAUUGGUAAAUGCUCAUCGUUUGAAUGGUGAACAGCAUGAAGCCAUUAAAGUCCUCCAGGAUGCUAUCAAUGAAUUUUCCGGCACUCCUGAAGAGCUGAGAGUCAUGAUUGCUAAUGCAGACCUGUCUCUUGUGCAAGGAGAUAUUGAAGCUGCUUUGACUAUGCUCAGAAAUAUAACACCGGAGCAGAAUUACUACAUUCAAGCCAAAGAAAAAAUGGCGGAGAUCUAUCUGGUGCACAGGAGAGAUAAGAAGCUAUAUGUAAGCUGUUACAGAGACCUGGUAGAGAAACUGCCAAGUUCUCACACCUUUCUUCUCCUUGGUGAUGCAUGUAUGAAUAUCCAGGAGCCAGAAGAAGCCAUAGAAGUUUAUGAACAGGCGUUGAAGAAGAAUCCUAGAGAUGGAGCGUUGGCUCGUAAAAUUGGGAAUGCCCUAGUCAAGACUCACCACUAUUCCAAGGCAAUCAAUUAUUAUGAGGCUGCUCUGAAAACUGGACAGCAGAACUUCCUCUGUUAUGACCUGGCUGAGCUGUUACUGAAAUUAAACCAAUAUGAAAAAGCAGAAAAAGUCCUCCGGCAAAUUUUAGAUCAUGAACCUGGAAACGAUUUGUCUGCUCUGAUGGAAGAUACCCGUUACCAGGUGCUCCUUGCAAAGGCGUACAGCAAAAUGGAGAGGACCGAAGAUGCUGUUGUUUCAUUACAGCAGGCUCGAGACUUGCAGACCAAGGUGCUGAAACGGAUUCAGCUGGAGCAGCCAGACGCUGUUCCCGGGCAGAAGCGACUGGCAGCUGAGAUAUGUGCAGAGAUAGCAAAGCAUUCCGCAGCCCAGCAGAACUAUGAGAAAGCAAUUAAAUUUUACAAGGAAGCGCUUGUUCAUUGUGAGACAGACCACAAGGUGAUGCUGGAACUUGCACGCUUGUACCUCGCACACGAUGAUGUGGACACCUGCCAGCGUCAGUGCGCCCUCUUGCUGAGGAAUGAUCCGGACAAUGCCACAGCUGCAAUGAUGAUGGCUGACCUUAUGUUCAGGAAGCAGGACUAUGAACAAGCAGUCUUUCAUUUCCAGCAGCUCUUGGAUCGCAACCCUGAUAAUUAUGCAACACUGUCACGUUUGAUUGAUCUUUUAAGAAGAGCUGGAAAACUAGAGGAAGUUCCAAGAUUCCUUGCAAUGGCUGAGAAACAUUCUCCCAGGACAAAACUUGAUCCAGGUUUCCAUUAUUGCAAAGGACUGUAUCUUUGGUACACCGGUGAACCAAAUGAUGCCCUUCGACAUUUUAACAAAGCACGAAAGGACAAUGACUGGGGACAGAACGCCGUUUAUAAUAUGAUCGAAAUCUGCUUGAACCCUGACAAUGAAACAGUGGGAGGCGAAGCAUUCGAACACCUGGAUGCUGACACAGACAGUUCUACAGAAAAGCAAGAAUCGGUGCAGCUGGCUGUGCGAACGGCAGAGAAGCUCCUAAAGGAAUUGAAGCCUCAGACUGCCCAAGGUCAAGUGCAGCUUCGCAUCAUGGAAAAUUACUGUCUCGUGGCAACCAAACAAAAAUCAAAUGUUGAGCGAGCACUAAAUGCCUUUACAGAAAUUGUUGUUAAUGAGAAGGAUCAUGUCCCAGCACUUUUGGGAAUGGCUACAGCGUACAUGAUCUUAAAACAAACCCCACGAGCCAGGAACCAGUUGAAGCGGAUUUCAAAAAUGAACUGGAAUUCCAUUGAUGCGGAAGAGUUUGAAAAAAGUUGGCUUCUUCUUGCUGACAUUUACAUUCAGUCUUCAAAAUAUGACAUGGCUGGUGAAUUAUUAAAACGGUGCCUUCGGCACAACAGGUCCUGUUGCAAAGCGUAUGAAUAUAUGGGAUAUAUCAUGGAGAAGGAACAAGCGUACAAGGAUGCAGCUGCAAACUACGAGAUGGCCUGGAAAUAUGGAAACCAAACAAAUCCGGCAAUAGGUUUCAAAUUGGCCUUUAAUUACCUGAAAGCCAAGAGACACAUUGAUGCAAUCAAUGUUUGCCAUAAGGUACUAGAAGCACAUCCAAAUUAUCCGAAGAUCAGGAAAGAAAUACUCGAUAAGGCACGCGCAUCUAUCAGGACUUGAGCUAUAUUGUCCUUAGUGUGAACCGUUUCUGCCUUCUCAAAAUGAAAGCGACCACUGGAAAUAAGGAACCACAAGAGAGCUGGGCAGCAAUCCUUUUUGUUGGCACUUGAGGGAAGGACUGUACUUACAUGGCUAGACUUCCCACCAAAGCUGGAACAAGCGGUUCUGAACUCUUGCAGUCACACAACAGGAAAGCAAGCCCAGAUGGGGAAGCUACAAUUGGGCCUCCAGAGGCUAAAAGUUUGAAAGAUACCUUUCCAGGGAUGGCAGUGGAUUAUCCUGAAUCCAAAGCUGGAGUGCCUCGGAACUUCUCUGGCUGUUGCUGGGCAAGGCUUUUUGCUCUUGAGUAACCCAUCCUGAACAACAGCAGAAGCAGGUCUCAGGCUACCGGAACCAGGUUUUCUGGGGGAAAAUGUUGUUCAAGAUACAAUCAUGAAUUGUGCUAAUACUAUCCCUUUUGAAGACAUUUUGAAGCCAUCCAGAGAUGUUUCGGACAGGUUAGAAAUAUCCUAAUAAAUAAUAAAUACCUACAGAAGUGCUCUUGGCACUUCUACUGUCCACUUUAAGAUGUCAGAUAAAAAUAUUAUUUAGAAUAGCUUUCCCUGGUUGAAUUUGCUGCUGGUAAGCUUUUAAUGUUUCUGUUUGGUUUUACUGCUUCUGAUUUUAGUGUUGUUCUUAUUAGAUGAAUUUCUGAAUUGUCCCACAGAUUUUGUAAUUUUCGUAUCGGCUGUCCUGUACAUUUAAUCAGAAAGGCACAUGUUGGAGUCAUAAAUAAAAUGCAUGUAUACACUCAAA